GUCAUAUCUUCUAGACCCAAACGCUCUUACCUCAUCAGGAAGUACCGUAACACUGUACUAUCAAAGCGGAUCCAUUCCUCAAAAAGUUCUGAGAAAGUUCAACACCAGCACAGAACAUGAGCCGCUGCUUUGCCAUUGCCAAUAGCAGCGCAGGAUAAGAUAUCCUGCAAAAUCAUCAUGGAUUCUUCGCAGGAGUUCAAGCCCCUGCGCGAUGCCGUUCAAUCCACUCUCGUUGCAAUUACGCGGUCCGUGAACACGCUUGCGAACGAGGACCUCCAAUUUCAGCGUACCGUCCAUCGCUCAGUUGCGACUCGUCUCGACCAGAACACAAACCGCCUGCUGCAGCUGGCGACCAGCGUCCUGAAAUCGGCCGGAGAGUUUACCGCGCAAAGACGGCCGAAACUGGAGGACGUGGAUGAUGUGGAGAUCCAGUGGAAGGGCAUUGUCGACGUGAUCGACUCUCUCCUGGAGAAAUCGGACACCUGCUUGGACGAGUACACCGGCCUGAUCAAGAGGAAGGAUGCACCGACCGCUGAAUCCGGCCGAGACGCCAAACGGCCGAAGUCGACCACCGAGAGACUCGACUGGUCUUUGAAGCGCGCAAACAUCCUCAAGCCCCAAAAUGCGUUCGAGAAGAAGAUCGAUAACUUCGAGUCGGGUCCCUGGAAGCCUCUGUUGACACACAAGCCCCAUUCACAAAUUCCUCUGGAGGCGAGCCUGACGACGUUCACCGACGAAGAGGGCCAUGUUCAGUACAAACACCCGUACGAGCACGAAAUCACCAACAUGCAGUACCCCGCCGAAGUCUACCAGUCAUGCGAACCGAAGGAGUAUCUCCCGAUUGAAAAGACCAAGGCGAUUUGGGUGGAUACGUAUGAGGGCGUCUUGGAGAUGCUGGAGGAAUUGAAGAAGGCAUCCGAGAUAGCUAUCGACCUCGAACAUCACGACUACAGGUCGUACACGGGACUUCUGUCAUUGAUGCAGAUUAGCACACGGGAGAAGGAUUGGAUAGUUGACACGCUUGUACCGUGGAGACACAAGCUAGAGGUGCUCAACGAAGUCUUUGCGGACCCGAAGAUCGUCAAGGUGCUUCACGGUGCAUUCAUGGACAUCAUCUGGCUCCAGCGAGACCUCGGGCUCUAUGUCGUCGGUUUAUUCGAUACCUACUAUGCUUGCACUGCUCUGGGUUAUGCAGGCCGUAGUCUGGCAUUUCUCUUAAAGAAGUUUGCGGACUUCGAUGCAGACAAGAGAUACCAGCUAGCAGACUGGCGGAUACGGCCUCUCCCUGAUGAGAUGUUUUACUAUGCGCGAUCCGACACACAUUACCUUCUCUACAUCUAUGACAUGCUUCGCAAUGAGCUUGUCGAGCUUUCUACCCAAACAAGCGCUGACGAGAACCCUACCGAACUUGUGAUCCAGAAGUCCAAAGAGGUGUCUCUACAGCGGCAUGAGCAUCCCUUAUGUGAUCCGGAAACUGGCGCAGGCAAUCGCGGGUGGUUUAACACAUUGAUCAAGUCACCGACGUUAUACAACGGUGAGCAGUUCGCUGUGUACAAGGCGGUGCAUAAGUGGAGGGAUGAUGUCGCCCGUCGUGAGGAUGAGAGUCCCUACUUCAUCAUGACCCAACAGGUCUUGGCAGAUAUAGCGCGUAUCUUGCCUACCGACAUGAAGGCCUUGUGGAGCUUGCUCGACUCGAAUGCUCGGGUACUCAAACCUCACCUAAAUGAGCUUUUUGAUGUCAUACGGGAAGCCAGGGCCAGGGGCGCGAACGGGCCAACCAUGAUGCAAUUCUUCUCACAGUCGUCCGGAAAUGCUGCCCAGACCUCCCUUGGCACCAAAGAAGUCAAAGCGGAUGGAGCAGCCGACGGUAUUUUACUGGCACUGCAGGAACUGAAGAGCGAGCAUUCGCAAUUAUGGGGCGGAGUGGCGCUCAGUACGACGCGUGAUGGCUCAGUGAAAGCCCUUGCGAUGGAUGAGCAGGUGGAAAUCCCAGUCUUCACUUUCGAUUUCGGCACCAUCAAAGAUGAAGAGCCUCCAAAGGCGACAGCACCGUCACCUGAAUGCGCGCCUGAGGAAGACGCUGUAGCACCCGGGGCUCAAGAAGAUGAAGGAUUCACCCUUAAAGCCGGGCGGAAACGCAAAGCUAGCGAGGUUGACAUCGAGGUCGCAUCAGAUGCCGGAUCCGAUCUAGAUAUCAUCGAAGGAGAUCAAAGCCCACCGGCAGACCAACCCGACUCCACCGACGUAGAAGAUGAAGAUGCCAAGGCCCUCAAACGAGCAAGGAAGAAGGCCAAUAAGACUCUGAAAAACGAGGCCAAGAAACUUCUGCGUGAAGCAAAGGAGAAAAUGAAGCAGGGGAGCCUGGAGGCAGCAGAAGAGCUGAAGCGCCAGGCCAAGCAGGCGCGGAAAGCAGCGAAGAAGGCGGCCAAGUUGGUGCAACAACAGGGCUCGCCAGUCGAAAGCCCGUCAGCGGCCGAGGAGGCUGCUGAAGAAGCUUCUGCGGAACAAGACGAACAGCCUUUCGACUACAGUAAAGCCUCUUCCGUGUUACAUGCACCCAAGGCAAACGAGAACGGUGAUAGCGGGAAGCGCGGGAAAGCCGCGUUCGAUCCGUACGCCAGGAAAUCCGGAAAUGCACCGCAAGGCGCGCGGAAGCUCAACUACGAGAGGACGGGUCGGACGGCGACCUUCAAGAAAUGAGGAACUAUUUCCGCUUGAGCGGGUGGCGAGAUUUGGUUGUAGAAGGGAUGUCUGCAUCUGUAAUACCGCUGUAACGGUAGACCUUUCAUGGGACAAGGACGGCCUUGAUAAGCGCGGAGAGAUGGACUUGGGGCGGCUCGGAGCCCUCUGGGGUGAGUCCGUUUCCUCACGUCACCGGACUCUGAUAGUUCCUCUGCAUAUGAUACCCAAAAAAGGGAAGGAAGAACAAGUCGCGUCUUCAAUGCAUUAAACUCUAGGCCAUGAUCUCCUACAUAUGAAACCCGCUGGGUGAUGUCUUAGAAGGGGGUACGUACAUGC